UCUGGGUUCAUUACUAAUUCUACCAUUAAUGUCAAUUCAACUAAAUGGAUAACUGGAGGGAGAAUGUGCUGUCAUAAAUCCAAAUCUUGUUUAGAAUAAUAAUACAACCAGUAGAAAAUUGUUUACAUUUUGAAUGAGGACGUUUACUAUUUACUCUCAAAACUGCAAUGGUACAUGUCAUCUGGAAAUAUGCAGUACCCAUGAAGAAGUGCUUUACGUGGAUUGGGAGAAUUGAUCCAUCUUUACUGAUAAAUACAUUAUUGAAUGAAACAAAGUGUCUAAUUACGCAAAUGAGAUACACGUGGAAGGGAAGUUCACAAAAUAGCGAUUGGUGUGAGGGUUAGUUUUUUAUAUUGCGUGUAGUUUCGUUAAACUUACAGCCUGAUAACUGGUAUUACGGAACUCAACAUGACUGAAUUGGGAAUGCGAUAUGAUGCAGCCACUACAACUUAUCAGGUGAUCGCGCGCAUCAGAGAAUUACAACCAGAUCAGACGGAUUUGAAGCGAAAUAGGCCGAAGAAUCAUUGCGAGCGAAUAUGGAGGCAACUUUAUAGUAAUACCAAAUAAAAUAACAGCGAAUCAAAGCCAACUUUCAUGUUAUAAUACAAUCACAUAUAUAUGAGAGAAGGAGAACAAUACAUCGAGCUAGAUUUACGAGAUCAUGAUUUGAGUGAGAGAGCGAUAUACGUAGGCGGCACCAAGCGUUCAAAUAUACACGUUUAAGUAUUUAUGAUAACGAUUCUUACAAUACAAAUAAAUGAACGAAUUGUUAAUGUGUCGAUAACAUUGUUUGUCGGAAAAAAGGGAUUGACAGGGAUUAACCGUUAUCCAAAUUAAUCAUGAGAAUGUUACAACAGAUUUUAUUGAAUUAUACAUAUAGAUUAUAUGUAAACAUUAACCUAUGAGGUAUCCUUUGUUCUUUGUGCGUCUGUAAGUCUGAAAGAGAUAGGGCUUUCUCUAAUAAUAACUUAAAGAAUAACUGUGACAUGCUAUAGUGCGUAAGACAGCUAAUAGUUGUGUCUCAUCAUGAGGAAAUAAAUAUGGGAACCGUCGCGUUUAUACAAAGACCAAACGGCUGCACAACAACAAAGAACAACUGCGACAGGGAAUGAAAGAGAGUAAUUAUGAUGAUAAAUACAAUGAAUGCGCGACAGCAUACCACUUGAAAUUCCUACCAAUUCAACUGUCUACUGAAUAAUGUCAAAGUAGUAAAAGUAUCAAAUACUAAAUAAAAGUGUUUAGGUGAAGAUUAGGCGUGAAGGCCUCAAUUAAGAAACUUCUCGUAACAUCACGGACCACAGUGUUUAUACAUGAAGAAAUAUAAUUCAUUCCGUAAAUGACAGCAGAUGAUUGUUUUUGAAGAAACGGAACAUCCAAAUAAGUGUUCCGAGAUUUCACACUUUGAAUUGAAGAAGUUACCAGUCUCAAGCCAUUCCGAAAUCCAUUAUCAUAAUAAUUCCGAUUAUUUGUUUUGAAGAAAUUAGUGCUCUCCAUUCAUGACCUGAGAUAUCAAGCACUGAAUCUUUUUAUCUGUGUAUUGGCUACUUUCAUUAGUAACAAUUCGUACAACCAUGUUUGGUUAAACUAAGUUCAUUAACAUAUGAAUUUUUUAAUUAAGACAGGUCUUCAUUAAAGUAUAACUAUCUAGUCAUAUGCAUAGUGAUAUAUUUGAAUGUAGGGAGAGCACAAAUAUUUUGUAAUAUGGUGUGAAAGAACGACCAGAAAUUUAUAGACCAUACACUUAAACUACAGAAUAGUGUCACAAACAGUAAUUUUUGCGAUCAACUAGUAAUUCUACCGCGUUACAAUUAUGUUGCUACGGUAACUAUUCCGAAUUUAAGAUGAGAAUUGAUUUGAAGAUCUUAAAGUUUAUUUAUACAAAUUAAAAUAGCAUUUAUUAACAACGAAACAAUGAGUGAACCGGAUUUCAAGCUGGUAGAAAUUGUUAUAAUUAUAGAAGACUAAAACAGAGCUUUCGGAAAUAUACAGAUUAAUGUUGAAAAGUAUCCUAAUCAAUGAAUAAAUAAAUUCAUGUUCAUGUAACAACCAACCUCAUCUCAUUUUCAGUGAAAAUGUUCGUUAAACGAAUAAACAAAAAUCAUAAUACGAAUGAGUACAUUUUUGAAAACUUGAUUGAAGCUAAGUCGAUUCUAGUUUAUUUUCCGAAUGAACAUUUUGACAGAUCGCUUUGCACUGACUUACUUACUUACCCCUCAUCGAAGAGCAUAGGCCGACCACCGGAAUUUUCCAUCCAAUUCUAUCUUCUUUAAUCCUUUACAGUUUCUUCCAGUUGCUGUUCAUACUAUACAUAUCUGCUUCCAGUUCUCGACGUAGCGUAUUCUUUAGCCUUCCUCAUUUCUCUUUUCUUUCAGGAUUCCAAGUUCGCACUUGCCUCGUGAUGUAAAUUAGUGAUUUCCGUAAUGUAUAUCCACUUUACUUCCAACAUCGUUUCCUAAUUUCCUCCUUAAAUGAAAGCUGGUUUGUCCUGUCCCACAGUAGGCUGUUACUGAUGGUAUCUGAUCAGCAGACAUUGAGUAUAUUGCAUAUACAACUGUUUAUAAAUACUUAUACAUUUUUGAUGAUAGUUAAAUUAGUUCUCCAAGCUUCAGCUUCAUACAGUAAAACUUUGAUAUUGGUUGACAGUUGUUUUGUUCUUCAAAUAUAAGAAUGCUGCACUUGCUUCGCCAGCCGGAUAUCUGUCGGCGAUCCAAUGUUACUAGAAACGGAAGCCUCUUAAGCGAAAGCGGUACAAGGUAUCGCAAAGUCCUUGAUAAUUCAUUAUUCAGGUGCUGCUACAAUAGAUUUUCCAUAAUUUCAGUUUUUGGUUGACGAUAUUCUUGUAAAGAUAACCAAUAACAGAAAUAAGUACUAUUAUGAAGCGAUUUAGAGAACUCAUUGAAAUGAAUGAUUUUAAAUUAAGAUACUUAAUCUCAGGUGACCAGAUUGUCCGAGAACGUAUGUGAAAAUCUUCGAAAAUCAACUAAGGUGCGUCUAGCUUACAUUCUGACGCUCACAUGUUGGUGGCCAGAGAUAAAUGCAGAAAUAUGUCGUACAGUAAACAAUUGAGGGGAACAUCACGAGUUGAAAAGUCUACCUUUGAUGUGAACUCCAUGGCUAGUAUAGUCUCAGGCCUGGCAGAGGGUUCAUGCAGACUAUUGGCAAAUACUAUGCACUUGUAGUCACUGAUUCUUUUUCAAAGUGGGACUCUGAUGGUGUUAGUGACUGAUGAUGGCUCUUAUUUUGCUGCGGAUGCAGUCACUGCACGGUUGAAUAGCAUAAGGUAUAGAAAUCUGUCCAAUGUACCCUUGUUCUAAUGGUCAAGCAGAAAAUUUUGUCAGGACAUUGAAAACUACUAUUGAUUCUAUUGCUGCUUCAACACUUAAUGAACUGGAGAGAGCAGUAGAUACGUUUCUACUGCAAUAUAGAAAUGCUAAACAUUCUGUAACGAAAGAGACGCCAUCGAAGCUAUUAAAAAGAAGAAUUUUCCGUUCGAAUAUGAGAUGUUUGGAGUCUGCCAAAGUUACAUAUUAUCAUGGGAAUGAUCUCCGACCAACCACGGGAAUCGUGGUGAGGAGUGUCGAAAAAUCUAUGGUGAGAAUUCUAGAUAUCAAUGACUUAAGUAUACACAACCGACAUGUUGGUCAAAUACAAUUACGGGAACUAGGUGAGUCUGUUCCAAUUUCGGUUGUUAAUUCUAAUACUGAUCAAUACAUUCUAGAUGAUACAGGGUCUAUAUCCAAUACGCAGAAUGAACUUGAGCAGAAGACUUACAAUCAACUACAGAAACUUGGAUUCCAAUUUCAGCUGUGACGCAUGUAGUGCUUGUAUGAAGUAAUGAUUCCUUUGUACUCGAUGAAUAUUUGAUUUCGAAUUUCAAAUACAGUACAUUCGUUCGUGCUCAUAUACUUAGUUAAUUUGCAUUAUUUCUGGGAUUCCUAAUUUGUAUAAUAAUUCAAAUACUCCUGAUAAUCACAAAUAGACACAGAUUUGGUGUGACGGGUAAAAGAAAUCUUAAACAAAUGUAUCGGCUAACCAUUUGCUGGAUGUUCAUGGUUAGUUAACUUCAUACUUUCCGUGAAUCACGUCAUAUUGAAGUAUUUUUGGCUUAUUGUGAGAUGAAAUAGGAACUGUCUACAUCAUAAAUCCAACUUAAGAGGUAUGUCGAAAAAUUCAAUGCAAGUGUUAUUAGUUAAUAUCGAAAUGGCAAAAAAACACUUGAAGUUUGUUCUAUACAAUCAUCAAUCCCUAAUUCGAACUCUUUAAUGAAAAUAAAAAAUAUCAUCUGUAUAUCUCUUCCACGGUUGGGAUCACUAGUAAGUAAACAGCAGCUAUCAGUCUCUGCAUUAGAUCAUCCCACUUAUGAAGUAUAUAUAACUGUAUUUAACGAAUAAUGACUAAAGGCUAUUAUGUAUCUACUGAAAUUUAAGUAAGUAGUAUGUAGUUUUAACUUUGUAGCCUUACUUACGCCUGUUACUCCUCGCUAAGGAGCAUAGGCCGCACACCAGCAUUCUCCAUCCAACCCUGUUCUGGGCAAUCCUUUCCAGCUCCUUCCAUUUCCUAUUCAUCCUAAUCAUAUCUGCUUCUAUUUCUCGACGUAAUGUGUUCUUUGGCCUUCCUCUUUUCCGUUUCCCUCCAGGAUUCCAAGUUAGAGCUUGCUUCGUGAUGCAGUUUGACGAUUUGCGUAAUGUAUGUCCUAUCCAUUUCCAUCGUCUUUUCCUAAUUUCUUCUUCUUCAGCUGGAAGCUGGUCUGUUCUCUCCCAGAGAAGGCUGUUGCUGAUGGUAUCCGGCCAAUGGAUGUUGAGUAUCAUACGAAGACAACCAUUUAUAAAUACUUGUACCUACUCCGCCUGUAGCUCUUCCAGAGUUACUGCCUGUUUCAAGCCCGGGUAAAGGAGGAGGGUUGGGCAUGAGAUUAUCGACCCCAUCCCGUAGAAAACUAACUCACUGAAAAAACGCUAACCAGAAAAAAAUAAUGCAAACUUUGUAGCCUAUUAAUUGAAAAGUAUAUGGUUUAAACUUUUGAUCUUCACACUACAUUGUUUUCCAUAUUUUGCUAAAUAACAAAAUAAAACCUUUUGGGCGUUCCAGUGAAAAAAUAUGUUUGUAUACAAUGACAAUAACAUAAGCUAUACAGCCAUAUUUACAGUUUAUUUUAUAUGUGACAAUUCAUAGUAUAAUAAGGGAGUAUUGCGUUAUGGAACAGAGUUACUAAAGCUAAUUGAACAUUCCAAUGAAGUUGCGUUCUCUAAUUGAAUGUGAAUAAACGUAUAGCGACUCACGUGCAAAUGAGUUUAGUCUCAUCUAACGCAGUUAAGCCCUUUUGCUAACUCAUUUAGCGGACAAAGUUAUCCGCAAUAUAACAACUUAUUGUACCCUUAUUAUUUUGUGCUUGUAUGAAAUACGUAUGCUUGAAUAUUGCUUACGGCCUACGCAUUUAUUCACUCUGCUAAUCUCACUCACUCACUCACUCACUCACUCACUCACUCACUCACUCACUCACUCACUCACUCAC